UUAAAUAAUAAUUUUAUUUCUACAGAGUAAUAAUUUAAGUAAGCCUCAAAGCCUGAUACUCUAUUACACAAGAAAUUCCGAAAUGGGGAAGAAUAACACAGACUCUGCAAAUAAAAAUAAAGAGAAACGACUAGCAAGAAAAUUAGAACAACGGCGUAUAGCAGAUGGCAUGAAGUUUGUCGGGUCAGCUAAUAAAUUAAAAGAUCUAAAUACACUCUGUACGGAUUAUUUAAUGUAUAAUAACAAUAGUUUAGAAAUAAAUUUAUAUAUACGAAAGGUUACUGAGCUAGAAAAAACUAUAUUGGAUUGGGCUAUUGACCUAACAGAAAGGAACAUGAAGAAACUGUACGAGACUUGCGUUUGGGGAUGGAAUAAAAAUAAAAAGGUAGAAGAAUUGACUGAACAUGAUGCUUGGUAUUUGAUUGCAAAAGAUAAAGAUGAAAAAUUACAAGCUUUUUCUCAUUUUCGUUUUGAUAUGGAUUAUGGUGAUCCUGUAUUAUACUGUUACGAAGUUCAGAUAGAGGCUGAAGGUCGGCGGAAGGGGUUGGGACAGCGCUUGAUGCUGGUGCUGGAGAGCAUCGCACAGAAGACGCACAUGAAGUGUGUCCGCCUCACCGUGCUCACACACAACCCCGCCGCUACUGCCUUCUUCCGAGCCUGCGGAUACACCUUAGAUGAAUCAAGUCCUGACAAGGAAGAAACGAAUCAGUAUGAAAUUCUCAGCAAAUCUACUUCACCCCAGGAAUCAGCUAAAACCGGAGAAAAUCAAAUAACACCAUCAGAAGUAUCGACAAAGUCAUAGUAUAGUAGAUAGGUUACUAAGGUAAGUAUUUAUACUUUCCUACUACAUCGUCAUCUGACAUGAUUUGAAUCGUCAGAAAUUAAUGAAAUAAACGAAUCAGGCCCUUA